AGAGAGUAAGGUUGGCAGACAUGGGUGGGGAGGGAAGGUCAGUGGUAGAGAAAAUGGCCGCAGCAGUCUGCCUCUGGUGGUUGUGGCGGCAUGACGUCAACCAACACUACUCAACCUAACUUAUCGAUUCUACAUGUAUGACGCCCUUACCAGGUCGCCGUGUCUUGUGAGGUGCAUGUGGAGUGUGAGGCGGGUGUAGCAGUUGUGCUGUGAGGCGGAGAAGAGCGAGAGAUACUCAAUUAUGGAGUAACAUGGAGGAGAGAAGGGUAAAAGUCAGGUGGUUUGUGUAGGUGGCGGAGUUUUGGGUUAAUGUACCAUGCUUUUCCUCUCCAUAACCUACCCGCCCACUCCUGCGAAAUUGUCGAAAUAAAGUUACCGGGAGCCUGUGUGUGGAGGUGAGAAGAUAAUUUAUGGUGGUAAAUGAGUGAGAAGUGUUAGUGGUGCUGUUUAGGGCUGGUGUGGGGGCUAGGCUAGACGUGGACCUUCUCGCCCCAUGCCAUGCCGUGUAUACCCCCAACUGUGUCUCCACACUCUCUACUUUAGCUCUGGGGUGUCUUCUGGUCCAGUGUGGAGGCUACGUACUCCGCUCUGGAUUUUAUGUGACCAGAGCCUUCUCCUAUGGAAGCGGGUCGUGCCAGGCCCCUAAUGGGAGGGAACUGCGGAAUGCACGCGGGGGAGGCCGGGGGACCGCACAAGCUCGCAGCUCAACACCAAUGUCUCCAGUAGAGCCGACGGGCCCCAUGGAGACCAAGCGGAAGAAGGCAGCAGCUCUGGAGAAUGGCGAUGACUAUAGCUGCCCGAAAUCCUCAGGUGCCCCAGCCUCUCAGAACACUUCGUCGUCUUCGAGUACUCAGGCAUCAGUGGGGCGUACGAGUCAGAAUCAAACGUGUGUGUGCACAACCCUAUAUGACUAUGAGGCACAAGGUGAUGAUGAGCUCAGCUUACGUCAUGGAGAAAUCAUUGAGGUUCUCAGUCAAGAUGUUAAGAUAUCGGGAGAUGAAGGAUGGUGGACUGGGAAGAUCAAUGGGAAGGUUGGCAUCUUCCCAUCGAAUUUUGUGGCAGAGGUCCAGAACAUUAAGGAUGUGGAACCAGUUGAAAUUGACUUCAAUGAGCUGGAAUUGGAAGAGGUGAUUGGGGUUGGGGGCUUUGGCAAGGUGUAUCGGGGAUUAUGGCGUGGCGAAGAAGUGGCGGUGAAGGCAGCAAGGCAGGACCCCGAUGAAGACAUUAGUGUCACCAUUGAAAAUGUGCAGCAAGAGGCUAAACUGUUCUGGCUCCUAAAACAUGAAAACAUAGUAGCAUUAAAGGGGGCGUGUCUUGUUGAACCUAAUCUGUGUCUAGUGAUGGAAUAUGCAAGGGGAGGCUCUUUGAAUAGAGUUCUUCAGCAAAGAAAAGCUAUAGGCCCUUCUGUGCUUACAGACUGGGCAAUCCAGAUUGCCCGAGGCAUGAACUACCUCCACAAUCAAGCCCCAGUCAGGAUUAUUCAUAGAGACCUCAAAUCUUCCAAUGUGUUGCUCAGUGAGAGUAUAGACAAGAACGAGCUGCAGUUCAAGACACUGAAGAUCACAGACUUUGGGUUGGCGCGAGAGGUGUCCAAGACCACCCGCAUGUCUGCAGCUGGCACCUAUGCCUGGAUGGCACCAGAAGUCAUCAAGACCUCCACCUUCUCUAAGGCUUCUGAUGUCUGGAGCUAUGGUGUUGUGUUGUGGGAACUUCUUACAGGUGAAUCACCCUACAAAGGCAUUGAUACACUGGCUAUAGCAUACGGAGUUGCUAUGAACAAGCUCUGGCUCCAUAUCCCUUCUACGGUACCCACCAACUGGAGGAAACUCAUGGAGGGUUGUUGGGAGUUAGAUCCACAUGCUCGGCCAGUAUUUGAGGAGAUCCGUAAAAAAAUUUCUCGAGGGAAUGAUUUACGGUGCCGAGAAGAGGAAGUUCGUCAAUUGUUAGUGAAGCAAAAGCAUAGCGAGCAACUUAAGAAAAGAGAGCAGGAGCUGCAUAACAGAGAAAUGGACCUCUUGCAGCGUGAGAUCUCCAUAGCCAUUCAGCAGCAGUCGUCGAAACCCACACCAAAGAAACGUAAAGGAAAGUUUAAGAAAAAACUUCUCACAAGAUCGCACCAGAUCUCUGCUCCAUCUGAUUUCCGGCACAACAUCACAGUGCAGCCAACCGCAGGUGUUGUCCUUAAUCCUACGAGUGCCGAGAGUCCCCCAGGCUCCCCUAACCUGCCCAGACUCAGGGCCAUUGCAUUACCAGCCGAUGGUGUAAAGGGCAAGACGUGGGGACCCAGCACAGCACAUCAGAAGGAGCGAGGCCAAAUCAUUCCUCAACAUAGCGACAACCAAAAACGAUGGAGUAAGUCUGCGCCCAAUCUUGAGAAAACCCUACGGCCCCUCCCAUAUACUGCCACUAUGACGGGGCUCAACCAGAUUACAGCUUAUGGUCCGGAGAUUGCUGGCAAUGGAUAUUACUACAUGCCAGAGUGCACCCUUGAUGAGUGGAGAGCGUACUUGGACAACAAUGACUGCAGUGGUGAGGAUGGAGGCUGGAGUGCCAAGCCAGUGCCUCUGCGACCAUUGCCAGUACCAACUUUGUACAAUGGCACAACACCAGAAACAAAGGGUCUGCAACCAAAGUUCUCCCCACUAGAACUUCUUGUAUAUAAUAUAGCUGCUAUACUGGCAAGUGUGGCAGCAGGAUAUGAUGUCAGACUCUCCAACGUCACUGCUAUUCAUCCUAAACUACUACCUGUCAAACCUGAAGAUGAAGAUGCUGAGUACCAGAGAUGGCUGGGCGUUAGUGAAUAUGAGUUUUCAACUCCAUCUGGCUAUGCUCACAACACAUAUCAUGGCCCCUCAAGACAUUCGCGUCCUGCCUUAGUCUUAGAACCCAAACCUAUACGAUUCACGGAUUCUCCACAACACUUUGCUGGCCCUACUGCCCUUUCCCAAACUCAGACCCCACGAAGAAAAUCAUCUUCAGCUAGUAAUGAUAGUGAGCAGGUUGCGAGCUAUGGUGGUAGUGGACAGCGGGCUGUCUACAUUCCUGGACCAGCCGACUUCCUACGUCCAGACUACCGAAGUGAACAACAGAUGGUGGUGUGGGGUGAACGUGGUGACCACACUUCAAAAGCACCAACUCACCAGCCUCCUCCAUCCCCAAAACCUGAUGCAGAAAUGUAUCGUGCAGAGACAUACCAGCAGUAUACACCUGAUUAUCGCCCUGACUCUCUUAAUUAUUAUUAUAGCGAUCGAGGGUAUCAUGCACCCGCAGAGUACCUAGCCAGUGUUCAUUAUGAGCAACGAGUGUAUCCACAAUAUGUAAUGAGCCGUGCAGCAGCAGCGGCUGCAGCAGCAAGUGGUGAUGGAGGGUACCAUGCUUAUGAGAACCCAUCACCAUCUGUUUCAUCUUCUUCAACAUCAACCAAUCCCCGCACUCCAUCUAGAGUCAAUUUCCAACAUCGACGCACUCCAUCAUCUGUUUCAAAUGCUUCUACUUCAUCCUCAAAUAUAAAUCCUUCAUUUAGAUUAGAAGAUGAAGGAGAUAGCUCAUACUCUACUCCAACUCAUCGCAGUGGACAUUUUGAUUCUCAUGGAGGACCAGCUCCACCUCCAAGAGUAUCGCGUCAGAAUUCACAUGAAUUGGAUCGAGUUGACCGCCCAGGAUCUUUAGAUCUUCCUCGCCAUCACCGCUCUUCCCUCAGGAAGUACAAUGAACGCUAUGGGCGGUCAUCUCCUAAACCUCGCAGUGAUCGCAGUGGAUCUGGAGGCUCAGGAGGGGGCACUCCCACUAAUCCUACCCCACCAGAUAGUAUGACUAGUGAAGACAGCAGCUAUGUCAGUGCUCCAGACAUGUACUCUACCCUUUCUGGUGGGUCUGGGGGCAACUCAACUGGGGGUGGGCGAGUGAGGUUCUCUCCUGCCUCCCACUUCAUAAGUCAGGAGGGAGUGGUAGGUCGGCAUACACUGCUGGAUAUGCCAGUGGAGGGGGAAAGUCAGGACACGACUGUUCCUCUGACAGCAUUAAGGCAUGCCAUUCGGCAUCAUGAGCAGCAAGCAGCUCUGAUGUCACAACCUGACUCAUGGACAGCUUUUGAUGAUGGCAAUGAUGAGAGGUUGUAGCAGCUCUCCACAUGAGCCAGCAUGCUCUCAGGGGGGCAUAAGCCCAGUUUACAUUCCAGGCACACACGAGGGUAAUUCAUUAGUUUCCUCCAUUUUCUUGAAGGUUAAUUCUGCAAUAUUUUAAAAUUUAUCCACUUUAAAAAUAGGAAAUUUAUUAAAUUUCUCUGCUGUCAUUUUUUAAUUUGCUGUUUAUGAAAGCUCAUUAUAUUGUAACUGCUUCUAUCUAAAACACAAAGAUAGUGGAAAUUAAAAGCCAUUUGUUGAAGUGAGCAACAAUAUGGGGUAUAUCAUAUAAUCACUGUGCUCAAGCUUUCAGUUUUAUGCGGUUUGAUGAGAGCAGUGUACAUAGUAGUGCCAUCUAGUUAUUUCUACUUGGUGAGGAGUGAUAUAAUUCCCAUCAAGCCACAAUUUCUGUGAUCCUUGGGCAGCCUUUGUGUAAUUUUUCACCUUUUGGAACGACUUCAUAUUGUAAGAGAAAGUACGAUGACUAGAGAAGACUCAUAUAAAGAGAUAGAAAAAGAGUCGGGAAUUUGGUUGUGGAUUGUCAGGUGAAAGUGUUAGCCAGAGGCCUUUUUGUUAAGAAUUAUUAUUAGUAGUCAUCUACUCCAGUUCCUUUUAUCAUUCACAAUAAGGUGGCAUUUGCAGAAUACUGUUAAAACUGAUUGUUCAUUAUUUUCUGUUUUAACAGCUGCUUUUUGCUUCAAAUUUAAGACCUAAAUGUGAAAUCACAAUAUUGCUCUUACACUGAAACAAUGCAGAUAUUUUUUAAAUAAAGUGGCUAUUGUUGAAGAUUCAAGCAUGUGUGCAAUAUCACUAGUAAUGGGUGUCUUCAGUCAACAUAGUAAUGAGUGUCUUCAGUCAACAUGAGCACAUUACUACAGGUAGGGUCUCAUAGAAUGUAAAGGUUUUGUCAUAAGAUGAAAUAUAAAGUAUUUUCUUCAUAUUAUUUAUUUUGCUGCUGUAAUUCUGGAAGAAAGAUAGCUAUUAAUUGGAUUAUAUUUUUAAUUAAC